UUGAACCCAUUACAUAAGCAGUUCGCGGUGCAAACAUUAGCCACAAGAUAAUCGCUGUAGAGAAGACAUUUCCAGGAAAAUAUUUUAUUUUUUUCUGAAUAGCAUGGCUCUACGGGCAGCAGACAGAUUAAAAGUUGUCCUGAACCACCUGGACCGUUCUGGUGUUAACGUACGCACAUCCUUUACAUCUGCACAAAACCUGUCACAUCACCGUCCUGAAGCACUUCAGUACACCUUUGAUACAGAUGUGCUGUCUCCAGAACAAAGACUUGCUUAUGAAGAAGACGGCUUCAUUUUGAUCAAAAACCUGGUUUCCGAAGAGGACAUCAAUAGAUUUAGGAAAGAGUUUGAGCGUAUUUGUAAAAGAGAUGUGAAGAUUCCUGGCUUGGUAGUAAUGAGAGACGUGUCCAUCGCUAAAUCUGAGUUUGUGCAGGGGGAGAAGGCUGUGACUAAACUUCAGGACUUCCAAGAAGACCUGGAGCUGUUCCGCUAUUGCACUCUGCCUCAGAUUCUAAAAUAUGUUGAGUGUUUCACGGGCCCCAACAUCAUGGCUAUGCACACCAUGCUCAUCAACAAACCUCCUGAUACAGGAAAGAAGACCUCUCGCCACCCCAUGCACCAGGACCUGCACUACUUCCCAUUCCGGCCAGCUGAUCGCAUCGUGUGUGCCUGGACAGCAAUGGAGAAAGUAACUCGCCAGAAUGGCUGCCUGGUGGUGCUACCUGGCACCCACAAGGGCACCCUGCAGGAGCACAACUACCCAGAAUGGGAGGGUGGAGUGAACAAGAUGUACCAUGGCAUUAGAAACUACAACCCCAACCAUCCCAGAGUGCAUUUGGAAAUGGAAAAAGGAGACACUGUGUUUUUUCAUCCUUUGCUUAUCCACGGCUCAGGAAUGAACCGAACACCGGGCUUUCGAAAGGCCAUCUCCUGUCACUAUGCCAGUGCUGAUUGUCACUACAUCGAUGUGGAAGGAACAACCCAGGAGAACAUCAGUAAGGAGGUGGAAGAGCUUGCUCGCAAAAGAGUUGGGAAUGAUGCCACUAUUUCCUUUCAGGACUCCUGGGCAGUUAGGGGACGCCUGGUCCAAGGAGACAGGACAUCUCUGUGAUCCUUAUUUCCCAUUCUAGUGUCUGUGCAUCACAGCAGAAACAUACACCUAGAAGAAUAACUGACAGUACUAAACAGUGUGUAAUAAUGUUGUCUAGAAGGCUAUGAUUUAAACAAUAAAGCUAUCUAAAUGCUAGAGUAAUAGUGUAGGAAAUAGGUACAAAGUAAAUAGGUACAAAGUACCAUGCAAGAUUGCACAUACUGUAUGUGUAUAGAGACAGUUAAAGUAUGUCUGAGAGCUUUUAAAGGUAAAGAGAAUUUUGUGUCUUCAUUAAUCAGACAGGGUGCAUGAACAGUACAUCAGAAUGCAGUCAGAUCUAAGCCAAAUGUAAUCUGUUUGCCAUAGACGAAAUGGUGUCUGUUUAAGUGCAUAGUCCACAUUUAAACCGAAAGCAUGGGUCUGUUGAGAAAUUCUGCUAAUUUUAUCUUCACAUAGUUCUGCUUUUAGUGAGCAAAUUAGAAAUUUUUACCAUAUAUUUUCUUUAUGAUUUUAAAAUAUUUUAAUUGCUUUGUAAUUAAUAUUUUCAUGUAACUGUACAAAAAUAAAGUAUAUAAUUAAAAUUU